AGAUCUGCCUGCUGGUACUCCUGUUUCCGCUCUUCCCUCAACACUGACCCUGUGCCUUUCCCAAGCUGUGCUGUACCUAGAAUCACCCUUGAUCUAGGAAUGCCGUUGUUCGCAUCGCGGAAUGCGUAGAUUCGUCUUCGAUUUCCGUCUUCCUAAUUAGGGCGUAGCGUCUUUCAGGACCUUGACCGUUGCUGCUGCUCUAGUUGUGUGAUUUCGGUAGGAAGGGUUUGGAUCCCGAUUUUACUCGCCUGAGCUCACAUCCCUGGUCCUGGCAAUAUGGUGGUCCUAUCAGCAGCGAUCAUCAGCAAGACGGGAAAAGCAUUGGUGUCCCGGCAAUUCGUAGAUAUGGCUCGGAUUCGAAUCGAAGGGUUGCUUGCAGCUUUCCCUAAACUCAUCGGAAGCGGGAAGCAGCACACGUUCGUCGAGACCGAGAAUGUGCGAUAUGUGUAUCAAUCGCUGGAGGGUCUCUAUUUACUGCUGGUCACGAACAAGCAAAGCAACAUCUUAGAGGAUCUCGAGACGCUCCGCCUACUAUCGAAGCUCGUACCCGAGUACUGUCCAGGACUUGACGAGGAAUCCGUGUGUCACAUGGCGUUCGAGCUCAUAUUCGCGUUCGACGAGGUCAUCUCGCUGGGCCACAAGGAGAACGUGACUAUAGCGCAGGUGAAGCAGUUCACGGAGAUGGAGAGCAGCGCGGAGAAGCAGUACAAGGCGGACAUGCUGAGCAAGAUCAACGAGACCAAGGACCUCAUGAAGAAGAAGGCGCAGGAGAUCGAGAAGCUCCGGGCGGACAAGAGAGUCGAUCGCGGGGGGAUUUCAGGCGGGCUGUCAGGCAUGGGUCCUGGCGGGGGAGGUCAGAUGUCCAUAAACAACGGCUUCCCGGAGAUGGGGAGGAUGGGAGGCGGUGGAGGUGGCGGGUUCGGAGGUCCGGUUUCAACUGGUCCGGAGCCCGGUCGGCCCGGCGGGAGCCUGGGCGCACCCUCUAAGGGCAUGGGCAUGAAGCUGGGCAAGUCCACCAAGACGAACCAGUUCCUGGAGUCGCUCAAGGCGGAGGGCGAGGUCAUCGUCGAGGACGCCGCUCCUGCCUCGUCCGCCGCUGUCGGCCUUGGUGGUGGUGGCGGGCAACCUGCGUUUGUGGCGACGGACCCCAUCACGAUCCUGGUGGAGGAGAAGCUGGUGGUGGCGUGGAAGCGCGACGGCGGGCUGGAGAACAUGGAGGUGCAGGGCACCAUGGCGCUCACCGUGCUCAAGGAGGAGGACGCCUUUAUCCGCAUCCAGAUCGAGGGCGGGCACGACAAGAGCUUCCAGUUCAAGACGCAUCCGAACAUCGACAAGGCGCUGUACGGCGGGCAGAACAUUCUGGGGCUCAAGGACCCCAACCGGCCCUUCCCCACCGGCAGCCCGCUCGGCAUCCUCAAGUGGCGCAUGCAAUCCAAGGACGAGACCGUCGUCCCCAUCAGCAUCAACUGCUGGCCGUCUGUGUCUGGCGCGGACACGUAUGUGAACAUAGAGUACGAGGCCACACAGGCGUUUGACCUGCGCCACGUGGUUGUGGAGAUCCCGCUGCCGGCUCUGCGUGAAGCGCCCACGCUCAAGGACUAUGACGGCGAGCCGAGAUACGAUGCAAGGAGAUCCGUGUUGGAGUGGUGCAUCGACCUCAUUGAUAACUCCAACCGCAAUGGAUCGAUGGAGUUUGUGGUGCCGGCCACCAACCCGGACGUCUUCUUCCCCAUUGAAGUGCGCUUCACAUCCGCCAAGACCUUCUGCGAUGUCAAGGUGGUAUCUGUGACCCAAUCAAGCAGCGGCCAACCAGUCAAGUUUGCAGGGAGAACACAGAUGAGCGUGGAAAGCUACCAAGUUGUGUAGUUGAAUAUAUUUUUUGUGUGUUUGAAGUGGCGAACUCAGGGUUAACAGGUAAUGAGGAUGGCGGCUGUGCGGAGUAUUUUUUUAUAAGGUGCCGUAUAUGUUCAGGUUUGCACCUCCAUGUAAGGAAACAUGUGACAGUGGCUGAAGCCAGGCCUAGCAUUGUUGCUGUGACACAGAGUGGCUCUAUGUGGCUUGUGUAUCACUUAUCUGACUGUCAAACCAAUCAACAUUUCUUGUGUUU